CCGAUGACGAUGCUAAUGAAGAAGGCUCCAGUGCAGGUUCUGAAGGGAAAUCACCAUUGCGUACUGAGUGUUCCACACUCCUACUCUAACAAAGUUGUGCAUUGUUCGGUCAUCUUUCUACACGGGUCUUCUUCGCCAGUGCUGCUGCUGUUGUUGCUGCUGUUGAAGUAGCACAGGGACAUUGAAACUACACGUCUUAUCGCUGCCUAAUUUCAGGAACGAAGAGCGAGGGGUUGAUCUUUGCGGAUAAUAUGUCGUGGUCCCAAGCUCAGAGUCAAGCUCAGUCAGAAUGGCAGCAACAGCCAUACCAGACGCAGGCGUUUCACUUUUCUCUGGUUCCGGUCAUCGAUGCACUGGCAGGUGCAGUCGAGCGAGGAUCUCGAGAUCAACACGAUGAAUUGAUUCGUGAACUUGUGGCUCGAUUUCAGAAAGCUGAGCAAAUUCUGCAUUCUUUAGAGUCUAAUUCAAUUGAGAAGGAUGUUGCAACGCAGAAAAGAACUUUGGAUGACCAUAGAAACAAGCUGGAGGAACGCAGGGCCGUGCUAGCAAAGUACAAAAGCAUGGUGGAGAGGAUAUAUCCUGCAGAUAACUAGUCUAACAGGUUCAAGAAAGAUUGCGUUAUCGGUGAUUAGUUUCAUCUUGUCACCUCCUCUUUUGGUGAUGGGUGCACUUAUAUAUCCUGGAGGAGCAACUCGUCGGGAAACCGAAAGCUGCAGUAAAUUCUGGUUUUAAAUUUUGUGAAGCUCCAGUUAAAUAUUUCAUGUAUGUAAUCAAGACCAAAGAAAUAGUGAUGUUGUAGAACAUUGUCUUUUUCUUGCUGGAAGUGCUGCAUUAAAGUAGGGAGUAGACGCCCGUGAAUCACAUCGACAAAAUAGAGCCUUUUUAUUGAGUUUUCUAUUUGCCAAGCAAGACGGAAACUAAUCAUGCUCCAGGCAUGCCCCACGGUGCAACUUUGUGUGACUUAGGCUGGUCUAACUUGGCCUUAUGAGCAGAUAGGUGAGAUUCAGGAACAUCGUCAUUCACUAUGGAAUGUUGGCACUGAGUUUCUCGCAUCUAAAAUGUAGUACUGCUUACAGUGA